GGUGCCCUCCCGACGUGCGCUGCGCUGGGCGGAAGCGGAAGCGCGGCUGCUCGUACGACGAGGGAAGGGGCGACUCGAUCGGGGCGCCAUGGAGGCCGGGCACCGGAGGGCGCUGUUGAUGCCGCGGAUGCUGCUUCUCCUCUUCCCGGGAGCCGAUGCACCGCCUGUGAGCCUCGCUGAGCGCCACUGAGCGCUGCUGAGCCAUGGGGGAGCACAGCCCAGAGAAUGUCAUCUACUAUGUGGUGGAGGAGGAUGAAGAGGAGGACGAGGAGGAAGAGGACGCGUUGCUGAGGCUGGUGGGCCAGAAUGGCCUGGCGCCGUCCUCUCCCCGGAUGGUCUAUGACCGCACCACCGUCCUCAUUGAGCAGGACCGGGCCCCACUGGAGGGCGAGGAGGAGGAGGAAGAAGAGGAGGAGGAGGGGCCCGGCCCAGAGACCCUGCCUUUCCUGCCGGAGGGCCACGAAGACCGCUUCCAGGCUCUGAUGGCCAGCCAUGAGGGCGUCUCCCAGGGUUACGUGCAGCACAUUAUUUCCCCAGACCAGAUCCACCUGACCAUCCACCCUGGCUCCACUCCCAUGCCACGCAACAUCGAAGGGGCCACCCUCACACUGCAAUCUGAGUGCCCCGAGACCAAGGUGAAGGAGGUGAAACGCUAUCAGUGCACCUUUGAGGGCUGCCCUCGCACUUACAGUACUGCGGGCAACCUCCGCACCCACCAGAAGACACACCGGGGUGAGUACACCUUUGUGUGCAACCAGGAAGGCUGCGGGAAGGCCUUUCUCACAUCCUACAGCCUCAAAAUCCACGUCCGAGUUCACACCAAGGAGAAGCCCUUUGAGUGCGACGUUCAGGGCUGCGAAAAGGCCUUCAAUACACUGUACAGGUUAAAAGCCCACCAGAGGCUCCACACGGGGAAGACGUUUAACUGUGAAUCUGAGGGUUGCAGCAAGUACUUCACCACACUGAGUGAUCUGCGGAAACACAUUCGGACUCACACUGGAGAGAAGCCAUUCAGGUGUGACCACGAUGGCUGCGGAAAAGCUUUUGCUGCAAGCCACCACCUGAAGACACAUGUCAGGACACACACUGGCGAGAGACCCUUCUUCUGCCCCAGCAAUGGCUGUGAGAAAACUUUCAGCACACAGUACAGCCUCAAGAGCCACAUGAAGGGACACGAGAAAGGGCCCUCCUACACCUUGCUUUCCAACACCAACCUCUCGGAGGACACAAACCACUCUCUCUGCCUGAGUGACCUGAGCCUCAUGUCCACAGAUUCAGAACUGCGGGAUAAUUUGAAUGCAAUGCAGGGCCAAGACCUGAGCGCCAUCCCACCAGCAAGCAUCUUCAUGUUCCAGAGCCCAGAGCCGGCUGCCAGCCAGGAGGACUGCCAACCAGCAGACUCCUUGAUCGAAGAUUUUGAAGGCGACACAGAGCUGGACGCUUCUGCAACCCCUGUCGAGACCUCACCCCCAUCGCUCUCCCUGCCGCUGGUCCUGCAGCUGGGCAUCUCUGAGCCUCCCACUCCGGCGCCUCCUGCUGUCCCUGUAGCUGGUGGCCCUCCGCAAGGGGCCUUUGGCACACCCACCCCCCUCCUCCUGGCCCCUGAAGUGCCUGCCUCUAACAACACCCCAUUUGCAGCCAAUCCCCAGGACUUCCUGCAGCACAUUCAGACACCGUCUGCUCAGCCAGCUGAAGUGGGAUUCCCUGUGGCCACAGGGCCUGCCCCACCUGCUCCUGCUCCCACUGUGAGCAUCGCUGCUGCUGCUGCUACUGCUGCCACCGAGGUCCAGGCGGUGCCCCUGGGGGGAAGCUCUGUGCUGGCUGGCAGCCCCACCAUCACCCUGAUGCCCUCCCAGAGCACGGCCCUCCUUCAGUCCAGCAUCGUCAUGGGGGAACAGAACCUUCAGUGGAUCUUGAAUGGGGCUACUGGGGUGCCCCAGAGCAAGGAGCAGAUGCCCCAGGCUCCGGUGCUGGAGAAGGUCUUCUUUACAGCUGCCCUUCCCGUUUCUGGCAAUGGAGGGAGCUCCGUACAGCAGAUCGGCCUGAGUCUCCCUGUGAUCAUCAUCAAGCAGGAGGAGGCCUGCCAGUGCCAGUGCGCCUGCCGCGACUCCACCAAGGACAAAGCCGCCACCGCUGCUGCUGCUGCCAGCAGCACCAGUGACAACAGCAGCAAGAGUUGCCCCCCAUCCUCCUCCUCCUCCACUCUGGGAGGGCCACCUGCUGCCUUCCCUGCUCCCCUGGCCACCAGCGCCCCCUCUGCUGGAUCGCUUCCCCCGACAGCUGCGUUUGAGACAAGCGCUCUGGUGGGAGGGAACCCCUUGGACUCCCCCCAGAACCAGUCCUUAAGUGCCAUGGAUGUCUCCGACUUCCUCUCCCUCCAGAGUCCCUCCGAGAGCCCCUCUGCCCUGAUCCCCCUCGAGGCCCUGCUGCAAGGGGUGGAGGAGGAGGGGGAUGGGGCACUGGAACCCAGAAGUGGCUUCCCCAAGUGAGGAGGCCCUUCCAGACUCAGGAAGGCGCAAGGAGCAGGUUGAGAGAGAUGCCUGGAUCUUUCCCAGACGGAGAAGGAGGAAAAGGCCGAGGCCAAGGGGAAAGAGCCCCACCUGGACUCUUCGGUCACUUUGGCCCUUUACAGUGCCACUGGGCAUAGAACCGGUCACUUUGAGAGGGGGAUGUUGUGGGAUGACUUCCCUUGAGUUGCACCUUGUUGCCACAGAAGAGGUGCUGGUUUUGGGGAGGACGUGCAGCUCCCAAGGAUCUCUUUGCAGUCUCUGAGUGUGCGCUAGAAAAGGGCGAAGGGGAACGGCAUAUGGGGGCCCUCAUGGGAGGGGCAUCUGCACUUUGUAGGGCGGUUGCAUUGGUGUUGGUGGUGUCCCGGCUUCAGCGGCAGGGAGAAGGGCAGCAGUAGCCUCAUGGGUCUCUCUCUUUCCAGGGCUCCUCACUCCACUGGGUUGCUCUCAGGAGGCUGGCAGGCUAGCCUGGUGCCUCCUCUUUUUUGCACAUAGGCCCAUGGUCUGGUUCCAUGUCACUGCUGGGUGUCCUCCGCUUGGUAGGUCUCCGGCCGAAAGGCAGCACCCUGCUGCCUCUCCAGAGCAGCCACCUGGGUGUUUACAUGAGUAGCCCAGGACCUUAGAGAGUUUGCACUGCCACAGUUUUGUCAGAACUGCUCACCUGGUGCAGUGGACAGUGGCACAGAAGGGAGGCUCCCAUACAAGCUUGGCAGGCAUUUGCUCUCGGCUGGUGGAAGUCCCUAUGACAUGUUAGUCUUGGUCAAGGGGAGCUGGUCUUGCCAUGGGGAACAAUUUGGCUAGCGAAGGUGUGGCAGUGUCCUUGGGCCUGUGAUGUCCUUGCGCCAUUUCUGAGCGAGUCUCCCCUUUACGCCGUGCAGAUGGAUGCUCACCAGGCCAUCCUAUGGCCCUUCCCAAGGCUCCAUCUGCUCCUGCUGAUUACUGGCCUCUGCGUUCAGGUCGGUGAAUUCAAUAGUGCAUCCAUUUUUUAUCUUCUAACUUUACUCAGGGUAAACUCCUAACAUAGCCUCCCCUUGCCCCACCCAGAAGCCUGUAAGGUCUUGAGAAGUCUCCUUUAAAAAAAUGCUUUAUUUAUCUGCCAUUUUCUUAGUUGUUGUUUGAAGAAGUUUGAUCCCAUUGCUCCUGUUACUCUUUAUCUGAUUAGGCAGCUUCCUCUUUGCUGUUCUGAGAAAAGAGAGCCUUCCCUGAUUGUGGGGUCAGGGUCUCAUCAGGCGGCCGCAGCCAGGAAGAGUCCAGCUGGAUGGCAUGAGGUAUUGGCUGGCAUAGCGGGGGGCCUUGCUGAGUAUGUGUGUGUGUGUGUUGGCUGUCUUGCUGUCCUUUGGCCUGUUCAUCUCCCAGGCCUUGGUACUUCCCUUUCUGGUGUGUGCCGAUGCUUAGCCCUCCCCAGAGGCUUCCUAGCAGACAGAAGAUGAUUCCUCUUGUCCUUCUUUUGUGCCCAUGAGACAAACAUUACCCGAGAUCUGCCUUGGUUUGGCAUGGAUGCCCUGUGUUGGGCCAUUAGCCUUGGAGUGGAUGCUGAAGGCCUUGCUUGGGGUGGGGUGGAUGUAGUGAGGCCCCCUCUCACCUUUUAUGUAGAGUUAAGAUCCCCCUCCCUGUUCAGGAAGCACUGCUUCUGUCAUGUUGAGAAACCAGGACCUGGAUAGCUCUGUUGGGCCCAGAUUUGAGGAGGAAGAUAAUACCUGGGGUCUGUUGCAUUGGGUGGAAGCUGCUGCUGGAAACUAGCAAAGGGAAGUAGUUCUUUGCUGUUCCUUUGACACUAACUUGCUGGGCUCUGAAAUGCACUUUAGUUCUCUUUUUAUGCUGAUUGCUGCAAUUUCCUUUGUAAAUAAUAACUGUCCAGAGUUCUUAGGGUGGUUUCCCCCAUUGCUCUGAUAGAAGUUAAGGCAGGUGUGCAAGGAAAGAAGAGAAAAGGAAAAAGAGCACUUAAUCUCUGUGCAAUAUGUGUAGCUAGAAGGGGCACCCUUGUUCACCCAUCUCUUUGUGCACCCUGGAAUGAUUCGGGUGGGAGCCCUGACCUCCGCUGCUGCUCCCCUCUGUUUAAUGCAUUGUGAAGCAAAUGCCCCAUCUAUGCAAAAAAAACCCCGUGAGGAGCCAACAGGAAUGGGUCCAGCCGCUCUUUCCAAGGCAGGAGAGGUCUUAGGCUCAGAAGCGGCUGCAGCUUGACUCUUCAGGGGAGCACAAUCAAACCACGGCAGAUGCCUGGAAGCAGGGACAGUGAUGUGGAUAUGGUAUGAACUGCGGUGUGUAGGUUUGUUUUGAAAGUCAGGGUGUUAUUUCUCAACCUUUUCCUUCGAAAUCCUAUUUCACACUUGUUUUGGUUUCCCUCUUACCUCCCCCUUUGAUGUGGGUGACGGCUGUUUUGGGCUUGGGCUCUGGUUCUGCACUGAGAAAAGCCAAGGAAACUGGAUAUGUAUUUGCUCUGUGUGUCUGGGCGUGUUUGUAGGAAUGGUGUUUCACCCACAGAGUGUUUUCAGUCAUGAGCACGCUGGCCAGAACUGGCUUCUACGCAGUGGCCAUUCACUCAAGCAAAGGCCGUUCAUACAUAGCAGCACAUGGGUGUUUUGGCCUUUCGUUCUUCUCAGUGAGGAGUGCGUUGUUCAUGAAAGAGGCUCCUCCACUCUCUCUUUUCGGGGGGGUUGAUGUGGGGAGAUGUCAGGAGGGGCUGCCCUUCACUUCAGCAGUUUUGUGGGGUAUGAAGGCUCUGCCAUGUCUUGGAGGAGAGAUUUCUCAGCCUUUCCUAUGUGGAAGCAAAAUGGGAAAAGGGCAUUUGGUGCUGUGGGUGGGUGCCUCUGAUAGAGUGGGACUUUCACUGGUGUUUAAGGCCCCGCAGAUUAGAUUGAAGGCUGGGCUAGAGAGGGAGAAAUGGGCUGGUGGGGGGCCAAAUGCCCCUUCCCUCAGACGCCACUUUCUACAUGGGACACGUGGCUCCAUCCCAGUGUGGGGCAGUGCAGGCUCCCAAAGGUGCUCAGAGACCUUUUGCAAAGUGCCUUUCUGGACCCCCACAUCCCAUCACUAGGGGAGAGAGGUGUUGCGGGUGGUGCCCCCCACCUGCCCCCCUCCCUCCUUUCUGAAGGGCCAAGAGGAGAUGAUGAAGAGGCGAAGCAGCCAGUUUCUCUCAGGAGUUGUGUGUGUCGCAUUGAAGCGUGUGCUAAUUUAACCGAAACAUGGGAACAAAUGUCCUUGCAUUGAGCGAGAUAUGUGAAGAUGUGAGUUACAGGUACCGUACUUCCAAAGGAAGAGCUUCUCCAAACCCCUUAGAGCAUAAUACACACAUGGAUUUGUAUUUUUUUGAAGAAUGUAAAAUGUGAAAUAACAGUGUUUGCUUAACGGCUCUGUUUUGUAUUAAAAGAUUAAUAUUGUACUUUGAAAUACACAUACCAGGAAGUGGGAAUUGAUUUUUUUAAAAAAAUCAGAAGCAAUAUUAAUACCAAUGGGAUCUAAUUAAAUGCUUGUUUAAACUCGG